ACAUUGUGUGUGCAAUUCGUUAAAACAAGUCCAUUUACUGGUUGGUUCAAUAUCAGAAACCGGGUAAAGUCCCCGCGUCCCGUUUGUCACUUUUGGCCAAUCGCAUUGGUCACGUGCCCGUUUCCGGUCGCGCCAUUGGUCAGUAUCGUCCGGCCACGCCCUCGGGCACCUGUUGGCGGUUUAUACAACCCCCAAUACGCAUAUAUCACUUUCCGUCUUGAUAAUAACCACUAACCGGUCGUGUGCGUCCUUGACUUUGCGUUAUUUGUUUAAUUAUUUCGUAAUACCGGUGAGAGUCAGUUGUUUUGAAAGCGUUGAACGGUGUAUACGCGCACGUGACAUUGAUUUUUCCUUCGUUUGGAUCAAUACACAGAAGAGGAUGCUUGAAACCAAUUGAAUUUUCUUUCGUCGUGCGCAUUGUUUUCGUUAACCUCGAUUGUGGUGUCGGUGGUGGUGUGUUUGUGAAAGAAUGGAUUGAUUUUGGGGCGAAAAUGAAGCUAAUUCCGGUUACUUAUUACGGGUUUACGGCGAUGGACAGGAGGUUUUCCAGUCCGAUGCUGCCCUGGAUCGUCUCCGAGAUCAGGAAGAGGGAUUACUGCGAGAAGUUGAGUCUUGGAAUCGAAGAUGGGCUUCUACAAGCGUACAAUCCAGAUUUUGAGUUGCAAUUUUCGCACAAAAUCUGGCAAGUGACGCGCUUUUCACAAGCCGACCAAGAUCCAACCACGUUUCUCUAUCUGAUGAGGGACGAUCAGGAUUCCCUGCUUUAUUGCUACCUGUUUCAGGCGAAGAAGACUUCAGAUGUUUCAGAAUUGUAUAAACAAAUGAAGGACCAAAAUCAGGCACCGACACGUUCUGUGAGCAGUGCUGCCAAUUUAACAUCACUAUGUGUGGACAUAUCGCCCAGUUCUAGCAAUUUCUUCGAGGUUUUAUACAUUGGGAAAAUAAAAGUUUGGCAAAAGAAAGUCCCUGAUACGUUCAUUGAUGAUGCUUUGGAGAAAUUCAAAACACAUGAAAUGGAAAAAAUCAAGGCGAAAAUGUUGGGCAAUAUCGGACGAUUGAGAAGUGAAGAUAACAUUCGAAGAGGAUCGAAUAGUUCGACUAGUUCGGUUGAAAGUUACGGGCAUCCUCAUUUGCAAAGAUCGCAAUCUUCCAUGAGUGGACUUACAGUGAAGACUGUUGAAGAUAAAGACGAAGAUAAGGAAGAUGAUUCAAAGAGUGUCGAUAUGGACGACCAUAACCGCACCAUGGUCUUACAAGUCGAUAGAACCGAUUUAAGGCUCAUAAGCCCAGAUCGGAAAGUUAUUUUAUUGCACAAGCAACAUAAAGAUAUCACCACGUGCAUCCAAGGAGUGCAGAAAAUGGAACAUUUCGGGUUUGUCUGUCGCGAAGGGAAGAACGGACAAACUUUCGUGGGCUAUAUCUUCAAAUGCGAGUCGUCUUCCAUUGCCACAGACGCAGUUUCAGCCAUAACCCAAGCCUUCGCCAGUUCGGAAUCGCGCCCUCGCCCCGCUAUCACAUCCUGUGACCAUUGCCCGAUGGUCUGGUUCCAUAAACUUUGCACAGAAAUCGAACGAAUGUCCGAUCGGAAAACCCAAGCUGCGAUUUUGCGCCGUCUUGAAGAACUCGACUUGGAAGAACAGAACACAAUUUUGGCAAAAUUCAAAGGCGCAGAGACGGACUCAGUCCGCGAACAGAACGAAUUCCUGAUGAUGUUACUCAGAGCCCAUUGCGAAAUGAAACAGGGCCGGCAUGUGCACGACACUGCCGAAAAUCGAUCAGAAUUUUUAAACCAAUACUUGGGUGGCGGUGGAACGAUUUUUAUGAAAGCGAAACGUUCCCUUACAAAUUCGUUCGAAAUGUUGAAACGUAAAGCAUCCAAGGAUGACUUUGGGGCGAGUUUGCGUGAAAUGAACAGGGAAAAUUCGCCACAUUCGCCCACGAUUGAGGUCAGUGAUAAGGAUUCGGAAGGGAUGAGGUCAAGGUCAAGUACCAUUGGGUCGCAAAGCGAUUUACACUUAAUGGUACAAGAAACAAAAAGUUCAGUUUCUCCAGAUCGCAGUGUUACCACGCCUGACAGGACACCAAAAUCGCCAAUGAUGGACAUAUUUUUGAAAGUUGGUAGUAGCCCUAAAUCGGUCACUUCUGAAGAUGGGUCCCCGAAGAUCGACUCGGGGUCUUGGCGUCAAGCCAUUUUCAAAAGGGUGAUUACUCCCAGCAAGAAUGAUAAACCCGUGGAGAUGAAGCAGAGGACUAAGGAGGAGUUGAGGGAGUUGUGGAAGAAAUCAAUCUAUCAGGCGAUACUUCUGGUGAGGAUGGAGAAGGAAAAUGCACGACUGAAGGCAGAACAGGAGGAAUCGGCCGUGAAGAGGAUCAAAUUGGAGUAUGACGAGAUGAAGCCUCCACAGAGGGAGGUGAUGGAGGUCUGGGAGAUGCUGACGAAUAAAGAGGCAAGGAUGAAGUGUGAUAACCAGAUGCUGUUGCAAGCUAUUAGGCAAGGAGUCCCUCGCGGAAAACGCGGCGAAGUCUGGCAAUUCCUCGCCGAGCAAUACUGCAUGCGUACAGCCCCCAUCGACACCUCCAACUUCCCCAACUACAACGUCCCCUACGAGCAACUCCUCAAACAACUAACCUCGCACCAACACGCAAUUUUAAUCGACUUGGGCCGUACCUUCCCCAACCAUUCGUACUUCAGUAGCCCCUUAGGACCUGGCCAACUGGCCCUCUUCAACCUACUCAAAGCCUACUCGUUACUCGACUCCGAAAUGGGCUAUUGCCAAGGCAUGAGUUUCGUCGCUGGAGUUUUACUCCUUCACAUGGAAGAGUCUCAAGCUUUCUUCCUGUUGCGACACUUGAUGUUUCGAAGAGGGCUCAGGUUGCAAUACUUGCCAGACAUGGUGGGGUUACAGGUCAAGUUGUACCAACUGUCCAGGUUACUCCACGACCAACUGCCUGAUCUCUACAACCAUUUCGAUUUCUACGAAGUGGCACCAACUUUGUAUGCCGCUCCUUGGUUAUUGACUAUUUUCGCAUCGCAGUUUCCUCUAGGUUUCGUCACACGGGUUUUUGACUUAAUAUUUUUGGAGAGCCCUGACGUCAUUUUCCGAGUGGCUAUAGCUUUGUUGACCUUCCACAAAGACAAUCUCCUCGCUUGCGACAGUUUUGAAGAAAUAAUGAACUACUUGAAAAACAAACUACCAACAAUAGAUAAACCCACACUUGACAAAAUCAUGAAACAAGUCUACACAACUGACAUAAGCAAGCAAUUGAAUGAGUACAAAGUGGAGUACCAGGUCCUACAAGAGGAAAUGACCUCCGUCCAGCCCCAAGUCGAGGCUUUACACAAGCUAGAAUCUCAAAACAAGACACUGACUGAACAGAACAAGGCCCUGAUGGCCCAGUUAGAACUCGCUUUGAGCAACGUCCAGCGACUCGAAAAAACCCGCACUUUACAACAGGCCCAACUGAACAAACUCGAAAUGCACAGUCGGGCCUUGGACGUCACCAUUGCAACUUUGGGCAACUUCCUCAACACUUUAAUCGAACAGAAAGUGGAAAUAGAAAUUCCAGACGACGUUCGAAGAAUCCUCAACCAAAUCUCUUACUCCGAAAAGCGGAAAAGCGAGCUCAAACCCCAGAACAACUUGAUGAAAAUGUUCCAAAAGUCCGAAAACGACAAAGCCCUAGUUAAGUCCCUCUCAACUGGCAAAAUAAUGCUUCCGGUCACUCUGGACCAAAACAUUUUGCGUUCAAACAGCCUGGAGAAGUCCCCCCAGAAAACCUCCCAGUUCUUCUCGUCUUCACACAACCACAUUUUGCAACAAUUCAACAACAACAACAAAAUCGACAUCAAGGUGCAGGAGUGCGACCUGAACAAGUCCAUAAGCCUGCCUUUGGACUCCUACCACGAGAAGGUCUCCCCGUGCAACUCCGUCGACAGUGGCGUGGGAACCCCCUCGAGCCCCAAACCAGGCGACCACCACCCCUUGAGCAACUGUGAUGUGAACUUCACCUUCCAUGGGACGCGAGAAUUGAAGAAUAUCAAGAGUAUUAGGAACAUGUCCCGGAACUCUAGUCCGGAUAUUAUCGGCAAGUGAUAUUAGGGCGCGUGUACUUAUUUUACUGGUAUUAUGUUGCUAUUGUGAUUUGUGAAUAGUAUUUAAGAAUAAAGUAGUUGUUUAUA